GCGGCCGGUGACGCGAACGUCACAUCGCCGAUUGGAUCAUCUACGGACUCCACCGGUGUCGUCUUCCUCGUACCCCGUCUCGUCUACUAGUCGUCUUCCUCUCGUCUCCUGCGAAACCGAGCGCUGACCGGCGUUCAUACGGAGGGAGGGGGCGGCGGCCGUCGAUCGGGGGAUCUUUCGGCGUGUGGGGAAUUCUAUCGGCUUUGGUUUGGAGGAGUCGGACGGACCGAUCUGGAUGGAGCGCUUCGUCUUCGUCCUGCUCGUCUUCUUGUGCAAUUCUUCCUUCCGAUUCACAGCCACAGAUGCCUACGACCCCGUAGAUCCGAACGGGAACAUCACGAUCAACUGGGAUUUUCAGGUCCUCAACGUCAAGGACAUGUCCCCGUACACGGUCAUGGUGAGCAUCCACAACUACCAGAUGUACCGGCACAUCGAGCACCCGGGGUGGCGGCUGAGCUGGAACUGGACCGGCAAGGAGGUCAUCUGGAACACGGUGGGCGCGGAGACGACGGAGCAGGGCGACUGCUCCCGCGUCGGCGCCGCCAACGCCCGCCCGCAUUGCUGCCUGAGGCGGCCCGUCAUGGUGGACCUCCCGCCCGGCACCCCGUACAACAGGCAGGUCGCCAACUGCUGCCGCGGCGGCGUGCUGUCGUCCUUCGUCCAGAACAAUCUGACGUCCACCGCCGCGUUCCAGAUGGUCGUCGGCGAGUUCGCCCUCGCCAAGGACGACGGCGGCGGUAGUAUGGAGCCCGAGAAGCCGUGGCAUUUCGACAUCGGCGUGCCAGGGUACACCUGCAGCAACGCCACCACGGUAGCCCCGACCAGGGUCAAGGUCGACAAGAACCGCUACGAACAAGUGCUCCUGACAUGGCAGGUGACCUGCUCGUACUCUCAGUACCGGGCGUCGGGGGUGCCGUCGUGCUGCGUCUCCAUGUCGACGUUCUACAGCGAGACGAUCGUGGAUUGCCCGCGCUGCAGCUGCGCCUGCCAAGGGUCCCCAACGCCAACGUCGCCACAAUGCGUCAGGCAAUGCAAAGCCAGUCCCUGUCCCGCACCAAUUCUUGUCCCCGUAUGUACCGUCGACCAACCACGGACACCAGCGUUGCCGGCGAGCAGCGACGACGAGCCGGCGGCGCCGAUCGUCUGGUGCUCGGAGCACAUGUGCCCGAUCCGGGUGCACUGGCACGUGAAGGUGAACUACCGGCAGUACUGGCGGGUGAAAGUGACGGUGUCCAACUACAACCUGGUGAAGAACUACAGCGACUGGAACCUGGUGCUGCAGCACCCCAACCUGCGGAGCCUCACGCAGCUGUUCAGCUUCAAUUACAAGCCUCUCGUCGAGUACGGCAGCUUCAAUGACACGGGGAUGUUCUGGGGGUUACGUUUCUACAACGAGAUGCUGCUGCAGGACGGGAACGUGCAGACGGAGAUGAUUCUGGAGAAGGAGAGCGACUUCACCUAUUCCGGCGGCUGGGCGUUCCCGAGGAGGGUCUACUUCAACGGCCAAGAGUGCGUCAUGCCGCCGGCGGACCAGUACCCCAAACUGCCCAACGGGGCCUCGGAAUUGCGGGGGUCGUCGCUGAUCGCCGGCAAUUGCUUGCUGCUGCUAUUCUUCUUCGUUCUCGUGUAGACUUGUUUGUUUAGGAAACAACUGGCAAAGGUUGCCCUCGCAAAUUAGCGUGGGUGGAGGCUUUCUUCGUUUUAACAUUUGAAAUUUUCUUACCUGAAAUUAAUUUUUGUAAAUAGUAUUGUUUCGAUGUUAGAUCGUAUUACUCGUCUCUCCAUGUGUUUUCAAUUUUCAUCGGCACGAAUUCCAUAGGUAUCCAUUGGCAGAGGGUGAGGUGAAAUUGAUUCGUGCGGAAGGAGU